AAAUAUAUAUUAAGAAAAAAGAAAUAAAUGAGUAAAAGGACAGCAAUCCACUGACGUCCACCAAAUUGGGGUGCGAAAGCGCCGCUCCACGCCAAACGGGCUGCUCUCCGCCCGAACAUGCAGCAGCUAAACAUCACGUCAAUGUGCAUGAUAGCAACCAUAGCCUGCAACAAAAGCAAUUGCGUCCCAAAUCUUUCCCCCAUAAGAGAGCAUUACUGGCUUCCGUAGUUUAAUCCAUUUCCUGCUGUUGGAUUGCCCGCUGCACACUGCAUCACUUCACCUGCCUCGGUUCAUUUCUGCCAUGGAUGACGGCAGAGAAGCUGAAACCAACCUGAGAGGUGUGUCGGUGGUGGUGCUUCCUCUCCCUGCUUUUGGCCACCUCAACCAGCUCCUCCACCUCGCUCGCCUCCUCUCCACUCGCGGCGUUGCCGUCCACUACGCCGGCUCGGCCACCCACAACCGCCAGGUACGAGACCGCGCCAGUGGAUGGCGGCCGGACGCGACGAUCCACUUCCAUGACUUCCCGUUGCCGCCCUUCGCCUCCCCGGAGCCUGACCCUCGGGCUGCUGUCAAGUUCCCCGCCCACCUCCAGCCGGCAUUCGACGCCGCCGUCCACCUCCGGCAUCCUCUCGCCGCCCUCCUCCGCUCCCUCGCGGCCCCCUCUCGCCGCGUCGUCCUCAUCCACGACUCUGCCAUGUCCUUCGCCGCCGCUCUGGCCGCCUCCCUCCCCGGUGUCGAGGCGUUCUCCUUCCACAGCGUCUCCGCCUUCGCCGUCCUCCUCUACCUCUGGGAAUCCUGCGGAAAGCAGCUCGAGGAUCUGGUCGUCGGGAAACUAAACCUGGCCGUGGUAACAAACGACGGCUGCUUCACUGACGAGUUUUUGGGCUUCCUGCAGAGCCAGCACCAGAUGACGGGCGCCGACUCUGGCCGCUUGCUCAACACCUGUCGCUCCAUCGAGGGCCCAUUCAUCGACCUGCUCAAGGAAGAACCACGGUGGCGCGAGCAGAAGACCUUCGCCGUCGGCCCCCUGAACCAGACAGUCGUCGCCGACGAUGGUACCAGCUGUCGCCACGAGUGCCUGGAGUGGUUGGACCAGCAGCCGCCAUCGUCGGUGGUGUACGUGUCCUUCGGAACGACUUCGUCGUUGUCCGACGAGCAGGUGGCCGAGUUGGCGGCGGGACUGCAGGCUAGCGGCCAGCGGUUCAUCUGGGUGCUGAGAGACGCCGACAGGGCCGACAUCUACGCCGACGAAGGAAUCAGCGACCACGCUUCGGGCGACAAGCAGCUGCCGAACUAUGACAAGGCGGUGCACAGGACGGGGAGGGUGGUGAGAGGGUGGGCGCCGCAGCUGGAUAUCCUGGCGCACCGGUCCACCGGCGGUUUCAUGAGCCACUGCGGGUGGAACUCGUGCAUGGAGAGCUUGAGCAUGGGCGUGCCGAUCUUGGCGUGGCCCAUGCACUCAGAUCAGCCAAGAAACACCCUGCUCGUGACUCACAUCCUCGGCACCGGCGUCCUCGUGCGCGACUGGGCCAAGAGGAACGAGCUCACGCCAGCAAUGGCGAUAAGGGAUUCUAUCCUGAGGCUGAUGAUUAGCGAGGAAGGGAAGGAUGUGCAGAGGAGAGCCAACGCUGUGGGACAAGCAGUAAGAAAAGCCAUGGCUGAGGGUGGAUCUUCCAAAGCUGAUUUGGAUGCUUUUAUUGCUUACAUUACCAGUUGACAGCAUACUGAAAUCUCAAUAUAUGUCUAUUUAGCUGCA